CCUUCCCCGCAAAUAUUCAAUCUCACAUCACUCAUCACACCUCACUCGGCGAUACUAUACGGUGUUGUCACGCUUUGGUUUCUGCCACAAUCAAGACGUGGUCCGAAACCGAAUCCGUAUAGGAUGACAGUGGCCAGUGUGAUGAGUAACCUCGUCGCGCUCCUGUUGUUGCUUUGGCUUACUAACGUCGCCGCGCGGGGUCGUGGACCCAGCUAUGUCCAAGAAGCGUGCAGCGUGACGCAAUACCGUGAGCUCUGCGUCCGGUCGCUGGCAUCGUUCUCGGGCAGUGCCAAGAGGAGCCCCAGCAGGUGGGCGAGGGCCGGGGUCUCCGUGUCGCUGAGCGAGGUCAAGAACGCCGGCCGGUACUUGGAGAAGGUGUACACUUCCAGGUCGUUGAGAGGGAGGAACAGAGCCGCCCUCUCGGACUGCCUGGAGUGCUUCCAGGACGCCGUAGACAACCUCCACAAGUCGCUCGGGUUGCUAAGGAUGUUGACCAGGAACGACUUCAACGACCGGAUGAGCGAUCUCCUGACGUGGAUGAGCGCCGCGCUGACCGACGAGGACACCUGCUUGGAUGGGUUCGAAGGGCAGACGGGAGGCCGAGCGGUGAGGGCGAUCCACAACAGGGUCCAGAGGGUCACGUACUACACCAGCAACGCCCUGGCUCUUGCCAACAAGCUUGCAUCCACCGGUGAACCUGCCUAAACAGAAACCUGUAAAAUCCCGUGGAAAGGUUUAUGUUAGUCCUCAAAUCAUAUUGUUCACCUAGAUAAACUAAGCGUAGUAGCUAUACAUAAAGAGAAAUAUGGUGACGCGACGGGGUGGGGUUCGAGAAUCGAACUCGGCCUGCUCGAGGUUCAUCGUUAGUAUGGGCUGGAUGGGUGUGCUACGUUAGCAUUACCUCGUUCGAAAUGUAUUGGUAACAGUAUCCUUUGCAUAAGUGUUUAGUCCUCU